AUGGGAGACGCAGCUCUCGCGGAUUCUGACGUGGAAUCAAUGCUAGCAUCAGACAUUGGCAAUGAACUGCAUUCACCUAGGGCUAAUGAACAGACAAUCGACGAAGUCCCAGCGAGCGACAUGUUUGGAGACUGGGAUCAGAAUGUGAACAAGUUGGUGGGGUCUGAUGAUGCCACCGGCCAGACAAUGAAGUAUGUGUCCUGGUUUUUGUUCUUUCUCCGGGUCCUCAUUUUAAACUUUGCUUCCGACUGCAACCUCAAAAAACUCUGCUAGGACAUUCCGCAAUCAAAGCUGUGGCAUGCUUUUAAUGUGGUACACUCGAUGAAAGUACGUACAUCUAUCUGCUCACAAAUGUUCACACGAUAGGUAAACCAGUAUUCCCUUCUAGUCCAAAAACAUUUCAGAACUUCGGCGACGUGCGCCAGAUACUGAAUUAUUACGAAGGUCGUUUUAGCACGAGUCAAUUUUGAAGGACAUGGAAAUACACAGACAGCCCACAAGAGAGCCAAUCAGGGUCUAGUUACGGACGUUGUCAUGGUAUUCGUUGAAGUGAUCUUUUGAAAUCAGAGUUUUUGAAACAGAGGCUUUAAAGCCCAAAUGCAGCGAAUCAUGCUGGUCAAACUAAGGUCAGUUCACUGGGUACACUAGCAGUACUGGAGCCCAUGUCAAUUCCAAAGAUAUGGCGGAAAUAGAGAUCUCGCCAAAUCUGUAAAUUGCGUCCCUCCUGCAGUGAUAAACAGUAGUUAGAGGACGUAAUACAGUGCUGAUUUCAUACACACUGUGGAAUGCACGCGCACCGAUCUACUGAGAGUUGGCGAGAUUCCAGAUGUUUUCAGGAAUUUCUGUUACAGUGGCCAUUUGGUUGUCUAUUCUACUCAAAUAAACAGCCUAUUCGUCUGCUUGCAUAUAAAAUAGGUCACUUCUCCUGCUGCUGCUGCUGCUGUUUCUUCUUAUUCCACUCCCCUCUUCUGAAUUCCUUUAUUUGCGAAGGCAACAACAGGAUCAUUCAUCUCAGAAAGUAGCAGGUGAAGGGCAGGAACCAAAUGGAGUCAAAGGGACUUUGUUGCCGUCGUCAAGUGAAAGUCUGUACGCUGCUAGCGCCAGAGAAGGUGGGUCAUUGGGGCGCAGUCGACGAGCAGCCAUAUCCAUCCAACGUUAUCUCUGGCCAUCAGGAAUCGUCCCUUACGAGAUAAAAUCAAUAUUCUCUAGUAAGUUCAAUGAACAUUCUGAUCAGGCCUACUAACGAAAAUUGAGCUGCGUUGACUGUGUGGGACAUAAAAUGCAAAGAAAAUGACAAUCGAAUCUGUGAAUAGUGAUACAUAUGCGGACCGUGAAAAACAUUCCAUAUAUAUACAAUAGGUGGGCUAACUCAUGAAAUAUCAACCGAAAUUCCGAAAUGCGUUUUCGUUUUUUAAAGAUUAAUUAAGCAGGGUUGUAAAAAUAAUCAGACUACAGUACAAUCUUAUAGUAAUUCAGUUACCGCAGGAUGCCGGAGUUCGAAAGAACUUCCUUGCGGUUGCAUGUAAAGACUACACUGUAAAAAAUGACUACUUAGGUAACAUGAAUUUUUCUCAUUGAGUUUCGAUGCCCUUAAGAGUCAAAUUAUGUUUGAUGGAAAAAUGCAUAAAAGUACUCAUUCUUUUGCUCAUUCGGUAGACAAUUAUGUUUUGUUCCAUUUUUAUACUUGAAAGAAUAAUAAGGGAAGGAAGGGUAUAAUUCGGUUUUUAGAAACGUUUCCAAUUCCCGAAUAAUUUUGAAUCCGCUCCGCCGUUACACUUGGAUUCGGGGUUUCCAAACUACAAGUCGUAUAUUUUCCGCAUACGGAAAACCACACAUUUCUCUGCGGUAAGAAAGGGAAACCAUAUAGGGUUCAUCAAAUUUAGCAUUGGAUUCGAUCCAUACUGUUAACGUUACAAGCCACAUUGGUAAAUGCAGCGUCAUGACGUUUUGUGAACGACCAUUUCACGGUUAUAAAACGUCUCACAAUUAGAAACUUUUUAAAAACGAAUUAUAUCCCUCCUUUGGGUAUAAAAUUGAAAUAGGGCAUAAUUUCCUACCGAAUGAGCAUAAGAAGGAGCACUUUUAUGCGUGUUUUCUAUGAAGUAUAAUUUGCCUCUUAAGGGCAUCGAAAAUCAGUGAGAAAAAUAAAAGCUACCUAAGUAGUCAUUUUUUACAGAGUGCUGUUUUGCAUGUAGCCGGAAGGGAGUUCUUCUGAAAGUCAGAAUCCUGCAGUAACUGAAUUAUUAUACAAUUAUGCUGUAGGCUGACUAGUUUUCAAUCCUACUUAAUUAAUCUUUUCGAAACGAAAACUCAUUUCGGAAUUUCGGUUGACAUCUCAUGAGCUAGCCCACCUAUUGUAUAUAUGCCAAGUAUGCCCGUUACCGACACUGUUGUGGUUGUAAUAUUGCUCAGUCCCAUUACAGCCGUCCGCCGACUUGCGAUUGGCGACAACGAACGUUGUGUUACAGGAAGCAUGCCACAUGGCGGGCUAAUGAUCAGCAACAACCGCAAACCGACUGUUUCCAACUGGUCUGUUAAGCCAAAAAUGAGCUCUCUGCGUAUUGUAUAUGUGUAUUAACAUAUCUGCAUAAUACAGAUAACCCAGUUGUGAAAAGCUCGGUAGUUUCGGUGAGGUUCAUAACCACUAAGACAAAUGCAAGUCUUGUGUACAGUCGACGCUCUACUGGCCAAGGCCAGAAAAAGCCCGACUGAAAUUCGUGAGCUUAAUCAAAUUUAGGCGAAGUUAUCCGCUUGAUAAUUUGUCGAUGAUUUUUUAAAGAUGGGCCAUAUAUAUAUAUAUUUCGGUUCUGACCCUAAAAAGUAAUGUCCGGGAGAUUUAACUCCGAGUCCUGCACUGAGUAAUUUCUGAAAUUAUUUACUAUAUAUAUAUAUAUAUGAAGACAGAAGGCUCGUCGGAAAAAAUCGAGUUUUACUCGUGAAUUUUCGAGCUGGUGACAGCAACCCGUCGUCAGACGAAAUAAACAGAGAAGAAAGUGAAAUGGUUCGACCAAAUUGGUUGGCGUGACAGGGCAGCCAAUAAUAGGAACUAAUGUAUGAAAAUGGGGAUGGUGACAUAAUUAGGCUAGGGUCUGUGGUGGGGGAGGGAAGGGGGAACUGUUGCGGCUCCGUGAUUUAGAAGGUAGGGGGGAAGGGGGGAUGACGAUUCAAUGUGACCUCGGACGGUGGACUUAAUGAUCGUCGAUCCGGCAUGCGGGUAGGAGUCAGUGAUCCAACGUAGAGGUGUUAGAGAUUGCGUUUGCGGUUCCCUGUGUCUGGGGUAGGGAGGGGGGGGUGGCGAAAUAGUCCGAUUAUACAGGGCCCGGUAUGGAUUAGCGGCUGUUGUAAGGUCGUGGUUGGCCUGUUUUCCUUUAUACUACAUGACCUGGCGAUUGAGAGCGUAACCCGACGCCUGCAAGAUAAUCCAACCAGCAUACCAACACAACACGUUUCAGAGAUUCUUAAACUCUGUCUUUAUAACUGCUGCCAAUUCGAUGAAAAGUCUCAUCACUAGGUUAGGGGUACACCAAUAGGGUCGCCAAUAUCAGAUCCACUAGCUGCACUAGUACUACAACAACUAGAACAGGAAGUUAUGUGAACCUUUAAACCAAAAAUGUAGCUCCAAUAUGUAGAUGAUACGUAUGUUAUCAUGGAGACCUGCGAAAUUGAACAAUUCUAUUUGAGUCUGAAUAACGUCUUCCAGCUAUCCAGUUUACUCGCGAAGAGGCGACAGGAGGCAUUCUCCCAUUUUUUGACGUUAGUUUCCGAACGCUCAGUGAUGGCGGCCUUGCAACGAGCGUCUAACGAAAAGAGUCCAGUGCUGAAGUUAUUCUUAUUUACGAAAGCAACCAUCCUGCGGCUCAUAAAAGGCGCUGUGUCCGAACCCUUUUCCAUCGGGCUUAUCGUUACUGCAGCAACGAUGAUUUACUUAAGAAAGAACUUGCUUUCCUGUAUCGGUUAUUCCGACUCAACGGAUAUCCAGUCAGUUUUGUGAAAAAUUGUCUCAGACAACAGAGACAGACGCAAGACGUUAGUUCUAAUGAGGGACCCGAACAACGGAAAUUCUACUCCCUACCCUACAUGCAGGGUAUUUCCGAGGCGAUCGCCCGACAACUAAACCGGUUUGGUAUCUUCAUUGACCACAAGCCGGCGCGCAACACUGUCCCAUGUGAAAUAUCCUUUAUCCACAGAGCAGCAAACUAAUGUCAUCUACCGAAUUCCGUGUGCUAACUGCUCUUGCGACUAUGUUGGUCAUACAGGCCGACGACUUGAAACACGUAUAAACGAACAUAAACUAGCCAUCCGCCGACGUGACCCUUUGUCACUCGUGUUUGCGCACGCCCUUGAAUGCGACCAUCGCUUCAAUUGAGAAGGAACUUAAAUCGUUGCCAUGGCAAACACCAUACAGGCUCGAGAAUUCCUCGAAGCCUGGCACUCUAACACAAAUAGCAUCAAUCGCCAUGUCGAUCUAGACGCCCAUUUUGACAGUACUGUCAAAAGUCUGAUACAUCGAGCAAAAACACAUUGCUCUGGUGAAGAAAGCUACAAAGUUGAACUAAACUACCUAUUUGAAUUAUUUUCCCAGAACGGAUACCCGCGAGAUUUCGUACGUCGAUGCAUGAAACAACAAGAGAUAAAAACAAAGGAACUAGAUAGUUCCAAUCAAGCGCCCAAAGCAAACACUUGGCGAAUCCUUCCUUACAUCAGAAAUGUGUCUGAACUUGUUGAAAGACACUUGAGGAAACACCGGGCUUAUCGCUAAUUAAGUAAUCAUUUUACAGAGUAUGUUUUUGCAUGCGGCCGGAAAGACGUUUGUUUGAAGGCCGACAUCUCGAGGUAACUGAAUUAUUAUAGAAUUUUGCUGAAAGAUGAUUAAUUGUACAACCCUGCUUAAGUAAUCGUUUCGAAACAAAAACUUAUACCAGAAUUUCGGUCAACUUUUUGUUAGUCAGCACAUCUACUCUAGAUGCCGGAAAAGGGGAACCGAGAUGACUAUUUCUGUCUUAGCGUUUAUAUGUUUGUGCCAAACUGAUGCUAGAGCACACACAUUUUAUUGAAUUUAUCUGGUGCUUAAAAGAUAGAACGAGUCUUCUGGAGGCAGAUGAGGAUGAAAUGCGGAUUAGAUUAAUGUGAUAGUACUAAUAAAAUAGAUGAGAAUUCCAGGACAUUUCAUGAGGUCGGUCACUCACGGUAAACAUUCAGUUGGGUGAACCACUUGGUAUUUGCGCGUCAAUGAGCCUAACGCAAUGACAGAAGCUGGUUUCAUUAAAUGGCUAACAAGUACCACUCAUUGUCAGUGCCUAUGCAUGUAAUCAAUGAAAGAAUCAGGCAACUGCAUAUAAAGGAGCCUACGCAACGGAAUUUCUCAGAAAGACCUAUCUUCUCACAGCUUAAACACAGCAAGGGGCCAAGGGGUCACCUGAGAGGAUUGGUGCGAGACAAGAGUUUAUUUGCAACAGUUGUUGCCAGCUGCACAAUUAAUGUACUAUAUGCAUGUUCCAAUUUCAUCCAGGUUCCUCCGUAGCAACCAUCAUGAAGGGCAUGCGAGCGUGGGAAAACAUUUCGUGCGUCACGUUCGUUGAACGGGAGCCCCACCACCAUACCUACAUUAUCUUUAGAAUCCUGGCAUGUGGGUGAGUGCCUUCUACUUCUUCGCCUCUCAUCUUUAUUUAUCAGGUAUUGCCUGUUUACUUUUUUACCGUCAGCGGCAACAUAGUCACUGAGCAUUUUUGAUCUUUUUUCCAAAAAAAUAUUACGUGCGGCAGAAAGAAGUGUUAUUUCAAACGAAAAGCGAAACUGACAUUCCAGACACCAUCACUGCCCUAUACCCCUGACCAACCGCAUAAUGACGCUUUUGUGCGCUUUUGGUUUACUCAUUCGCCUGUUCGCGCAUUUUGGCACAACAACGUCGGUGCCAUUAACAGCGAAUACGAAAGUCGCAGAUUGUAAACUGUUGUAAUUGUUCUGGUGUUUCGCACUUACGAGUCCAUUGUUGAUAUCAGAUGCGGCGGAUAAUAAUUCUGCAGACGUGAGCGGGAGCUUGAAGCAUCAAAUGGUUGACCGGCUCAAGUAGUGGAUUCGUGCAGGGAAGAGAAAGUAGGAAAUGGGGCCGACACUUCCACGGCGCUUCAGAUCGUUGCCCGCUAUAAAAUGUUCGACGUACUUUGUGAAUGUAGAGAUGAGCUAAUAAUGCAUGACUUGAAAGGCCGUCAAUUGAAACACUAGCUCAGGUCCCGCAGGCAGAACGAUCAGACCGCAACGGUUCCCUCUUAAUGUAGACUCUACGGCACUCCCUCGCAACUGGGAUCCGAGUCCUCACUGAGAAAACGUAGCCCCUCGGGUGCGAAUGAGAUCGUGUGUGGCACGCGUAUAUGCGCGAAUUCUAGUUAUCAGCUCCUGCGUCCGGGCACGUCUUCAGUCCUCAUGAUCCUGUCUGGGCUCCGAGCCCAAGUGAGCGGAGAGAGUGGAGUGUGUUCAACGCUUAGAAGGACUGCUAUCACUCUAUUAGGAGCAUGCCAGCGUCCCCUGACUGUCUCAUGGCGCUGGCAGGCGGUGAACAUCGUCGGGUUGAACAGCCCUUCAGUAAGAAAUUGACAGGCUCGCCUUAGGAACGUCAGGAUUCCGUGUGAGGUAGCGAUGCAGUUUAAUGCCGACAAACAAGAAAAUCCGCCCCUUCAUACAUUCAUGAACAUCAGUAGACAGUAAAGAGGCCAGACUGCUUGUCUGAAGUACUCAUGCAUGCGCUGGACACUGGGCAUACGAUCGCUGGCGAAAAACUCACAUUCCGGUGCCAGGUGUUUCAAGAAUGGCUGAGAGUUCCCCCAAGCCAACCAGUCGAUGCCGCGCACAAAAGUCGCAAAGAGAAAUAUAACAAACGAGGACCAUUCAAAACAGAAUGGCAGACACGGCGACAGAUCACUGGCGCAAAUAUCAAAUAAGUAUCGAUCAGUUUAGUGGACGGAGAACGUUAAAUCUUCUUGACGCCAAGACAGAUGUGAGUCCAUCGGCGUCCCCCUCCUUUGCAAGUAGACCCUAACCGUUUAAUGUGAAGGCCUUAAAACACAGUUUUAGGAGCUCGAUGAUAUGCUCUCGUUUGAGCUGUUGGUCAGUCCUAUCAUAUUUAUCUCGGAGACAGCCAUCGAUAGAACUGACAGUCGGAGCGAAUAGGAUAGAGGUAAGUAACGAGACCACAUCGAAUGAUAUCAUUACCCCCUCUGCCCCUCUGUAAGAUACGCGUCAAAUCUCUUCAGCCGACCUCCCUGUUCACCCCGAAUCCUUGGUAAGGAAACAAACUUGCUGGUGCAGCCAUUUCGACUAAUAAACUUCUGGGGUGCUACGUAAGGAGAUGACGAGAUGAGCACAUUCGGCAAACCGUGGAAGCAUACCAUCGCAGCAUCAGUGGUUUUUCUGGCCAGUGCUCCCUUCCUCGUGAGAACCCCCGUCUUCUUCAGUUCAUCUUUCGUUUCGUUAAUGCUGUUUACGAGCUUUUUGAACUUACUGGCUGUCGAUGGCGCGUCAGACUCCCUGUCCAUCAAAAGGACCUGUAGCUUAGUUCAGUAUUCGGUCUUGUUCUUGAAGACCGUCGAGCGGCCCUUGUCAACGGAGAGGAUGAUGCUACCCUCAACUUUACAUAUGCGUCGAAUGUCCUCGACUCUAUGCUUUAGAAAUCGUCAUUUUGGCGUUUAUGCCGAUGCAGUAAAAUCGAAACUGGCUGCUGCAUGGCCUUUUUGCACUCCUCACCUGCCUAACCCUUCUGGAGCGCCGAUUCGAGGAAUGGAAAGAAGUC